CAUUCCGCACCCGUUAUAUCUUUGCCCAAUUGUUAUCGCUUCGGUACGCUGCGUCUGCUUGCUAGGGUUUCCUAUAAUCUGAUCUCCAUGUUUCCAUCAACCCUAAUCCUAAUCAAGAAAGGAUUCAUCUGAUUCCCAUUAAUCACCUCAAUCCCCUGAUUCCACUCUCAAUACUCCUCUUGCUUCAUCAAAAACCCUAAUAUUCGCAUCAUCAAUUAUGAUCAUCAACUCGUCUCCCUUCAUGAACUCCGUCCUUGUCCUUCAGAACCUUCGCGUAUUCGGUCCUGGCUUGAAUCCUUUUAAUCCCUAUUGCGUCGCUCAUCACUCUCGCUAAUUUCCCCCUUUAUACGUCUAUUACUGCUCUGAUUUCUGUUAGUUUUCCCGUUUCUCGUUCGUUUAAUAUGUAAACACGUAAAAAGAACAAGAUUUUGUUGUCUGUUCCCUUCUGUUUCCCGCGAAAACAAAGAAUAGUUGUUUUGGGGAUUUGUAUUCUAGGGUUUUUUUAUUGGAUCGUCGUUUUUAUUUGGAUUGGGGUGUCGUUUUUGGGUGUUGGAUUGAGAAAAGAUGCUGGAGGCGCAGCCAGUGUUGUUCAGGAGAAGCCCGUCGAGGAGGCGCAUGCUGAGGCCUGGCGUUGGUACCGACGAUAGAGGUUGGACUUCUCUUCAUGUUUGCGCCCGCAAAGGUGAUCUCAAACUGGUAAAAAAACUUCUUGAUGAAGGAAUGGAUGUCAAUGUGACUGCAUGGGGCCCUAAAUCACAAGGCGUGACCCCUCUUCACCUUGCUGCUGAAGGUGGCCACCUCGGAGUGAUGGAUGAACUGCUGGAACGUGGUGCUGACAUUGAUGCUAGAACAAAGGGUGCUUGUGGCUGGACACCACUCCAUAUUGCUGCCAAAGAAAGGAGGAGGGAUGCCGUGAAAUUCUUGGUUGAGAACGGAGCUUUCUUGCCACCUGAUAUGAACGACAGCAGAUUCAAUCCCCCGCUUCAUUACUGCCCUGGACUUGAAUGGGCCUACGAGGAGUUGAAGCGACUUCGAUGUGAGGACUUGUCAUCGGGGGAGACAUCUUACAGUUCUGAAAACUAAUUUGCUCUUUCAUGGAUGUUGCUUGGUGCUUGGAUAUCUUGUGUCAAUAAGUGAAGAAGUGAGAUAACAACUUAUUUGUUACAGAGUAUGAAUAAGUUGUUGCAUGAAUGAGGACAUAUAAGCAUUUUAAUGUGUUGGGCUCUUGCUAUAGGAACGAUGUUAUGUAACUGUUAAUGUGCUAUACUUGGAUGUUGUGCGAUUAUUAUCAUUUGUGCAUUGUCUGAACUCUGUUCUGAAGCUAACUAUGUAAGUAUUGCUGUUUUGAACGCUUAGUAUUUUUCUGUUGAACAACUACAGAA